GCCGACGUUUGACGGGGCCCGACGCUAUGAUGGCGGGAGGCGGAGGCAAAUUGAGCUGAUGCGGAGUUGACAGAAGGGGACAGAUGACCCACGCGAAGCCGAAGAAGUCAAAUCGCCCCUGAACGACAGUUUAUUAAAAGCGUGAUCCCUCUUUCUCUCCGCCUUUCCUCUUUCUUCCUCCUCAACAUCAUCCAUCCCUCGUAAGCACGCUGCGAUGGGUGAGUAUGACAAGACCAUCGGUGUCUUGAUCGUCGGCAUCUUCUUCAACACCUACCUGUAUGGACUCGUCAUGUACCAGUAUGCGCGAUACAAACGAGCGAAGUUCAACGACAAAUGGCCCAUAAAGGCUAUGGUUGUGUUUUUGUUUCUUCUCGAUGGAGUGCAUAGUGCCUCUAUUAUCUACAUGGCCUGGGAUUACGUUGUCACGAACUACACGAAUCCAGAGGCACUGCUAUGGUCUCCAUGGCCCUUUCCUUUCACGCCUAUCGCAGUGUCACUCGCCGCCGUGACAACUCAAACCUUCCUCGCCUUGCGCAUACGGCGGCUCAGCGGAAAUAGCCUGCUGUUUGGUAUCAUCAUCGCCCUGUCCGUCGCCUCUUUUGCUUUUGGCGUGACAUGUGGUAUCAAAGCGUGGAUGAUCAGCUACAUCCCCGACCUGAUCAAGAUUCGGCACCUGGUAAUACCGUGGCUUGUCCUCCAAGUCAUUGUAGAUGUUAUUGUGACAGCUACUCUUGUGACGCUCAACGCGCGGUCUUGCAACAAGUCCUCAAAAACAAUCAACGUGAUCAGCCAGCUCGUGUUCGGUGCGAAGCAGACUGGUCUCUUCGCUGCGAUUUUCGCACUGUGCGAUCUUAUUUCUUUUCUCGCCGCGCCCACCAUGAAUCUCUAUGGAAUGUUUGCGAUGCCUAUUGGGCGGAUAUACACGAACACGCUGCUUGCUACGCUUUUAUCACGCGAAGUUUCUCGGAGUCGAAGGGCAACGAGCGGCCAAGUCAACUUGGAAACCGAGACUGAGUUUGCGGCGACGCCUGCGUACACUAUGACGAACGUUCGUUUGGACGAGGGUAAGUUAGAUGUGCAUGACGCACCUGCCAGUGACGGCUCUCGGGCGCCGUCACCUGAGCAAUUCAAACGGACUAGCGGAGUCCAUGUAUAGAUCAUGGUCCUGGGUGUUGAGGCUCUGCACCAGCUGCGCUACCUUCGCACCGACUCGUAUCUGAAGGCCAGCUCUCGUAGGAGUCAAGAGGAUUGCCCGUUUAUGUCGGCCAACGCCUCUCACCUCUCUGUCGUUGGAGGGGAUGUAUCAUAUAUGUCGCCCUGGCAGGAUCCAGCGCAUAAUGUUUAUAUUGGGAUCUUAUCUCGUUCAUUUAUAGUACUUGGUACAUAUUGGUUGUUUACAAAUGGAAACACGGCUACUGGACAACACCCUUGGGAGCCCGACGGCUAUUAAGAGACCUUCAAUCACACAAACCAUGCCCCGUCAAAUCAUGCACAACGCAUUUUGCUGAUAUCAGCUGUGGUUUUAUGCGUGCGCAACGCACAAGCAAAAGCAGAUUCUAUCGACCAUCGCAAGCGAGCUUUCGUCCGACGAGGCUGAAUCAGAGUCGGAGACAUCGUCCUCUAAGGGCUGGGUGUCUCCACCCGGGCGCCGACCUGGCACGUCUUUCCUGGCCCAUAUGCGCUGGUUACCGUAUGCGGGAGAGAUGUUCUCCGUCCGACGCCAGCUGCGACGCCAGAAGUUGCGCCAGUAACGCUUUUCAUCGCCUCGAUCAUGAUUGACGUUCACUGUAUGUGACUGUUCAUCUGGUACCUUCGUCGGAGGGCAAGCAUCAUCGUUGGAAGCUGGCGUAUGUCUUUGUUCAUCUGGCAUCUGCUUCACACGAACUCGUCGUCUGAGCUGUCUGAACAUGGAAGCAGUCUUUUUCAAACCCAUCCGAGCAGUUUGUCGGAGUCUUGUAAACUUUGCACCUUGACGUCCCUCAUCCGCGUUCCCGUCAAGGGCCAUGUUGUCUAUAUUGCCAGCUGCCUGACCAUGUUUGGCUUUUGAAAGGGUGACGGGGAAGUCAUCUAAAUCGCUGUCAUGACCAUCAUGCUGGGCGCGGCCCUCUUGACCCGCGUCUCGUGGCCCUUCCCUCUUGGGAGAUCGAGGUAAAACUAACUUGCCCGUGGACAGUUCGCUGAUAUGUAGCGAGUGGCCGUCGCAGGAUGCGACAUGUUUUCCGUCUGGCGAACAGGCAACCAUAGUGACUGUAGAAUCAUGUCGGUGCGGGGAUCUCAGGACACAGUUGCCCGUAGUUGCAUCCCAUAUCUCUAUGUUGCUUCCGGCAGACCCGCUUACAAAGUAUCGGCCAUCCAUAGAGAAAGAAAUGCUGGUGACAAGUUCAUCUACACGACCUCUCAGAGGCCCCGCUGUUAGCUCGCCAGUAACGGCAUCCCAGAAGCAGACGGCGUCCUUAUCCGAGACGCUGGCAAUCGAACGCCCAUCUGGAGAGUAUUGGACACCGCGGACGAGGUGUUGCCUACCAACGAUUGGAUGAAACACG